AUGAGCAGCCUCCAGGCGGGCCCCGACUCCUCCGAGGAGCCCAAACCCGGCAAGGCCAAGACCGAGUUCCGCAACUACACCGAGGGGAUGCUGAUCGACCGCGUGUACAACACCUACCUGCUCAUGCACACCCACCAGACCGUGGAGUUCGUCCGCAGGAAGAGCGCGCAGUACGGCUCGUGCUCGCUGCGGAGGAUGAGCGCCAUGGAGGCGCUGGAGCUGCUGGAUCAGCUCGUGGACGAGUCGGACCCCGACGUGGAUUUCCCCAACUCCUUCCACGCCUUCCAGACGGCCGAGGGGAUCCGCCGGGCGCACCCCGACAAAGACUGGUUCCACCUCGUGGGGCUCCUGCACGAUCUGGGCAAGGUGCUGGUGCUGUUCGGGGAGCCCCAGUGGGCCGUGGUCGGGGACACCUUCCCGGUGGGCUGCAAGGUGCAGAAGUCGGUGGUCUAUGGGGACUCCACCUUCCACGACAACCCCGACACCAAAGACCCCCGGUACAGCACCGAGUACGGGAUGUACCAGCCCGGCUGCGGCCUGGAGAACGUCCUCAUGUCCUGGGGCCACGAUGAGUACAUGUACCAAGUGAUGAAGUUCAACAACUUCGCCCUGCCCAAGGAGGCUUUCUACAUGGUUCGCUUCCACUCCUUCUACCCCUGGCACGCCCACGGCGACUACGGCCACCUGUGCUCCGAGGAGGACCGGCGCAUGCUGCCCUGGGUCCGGGAGCUCAACAAGUUCGACCUGUACACCAAGCAGGAGGAGCUGCCCGACAUGCAGCAGCUCCGCGCUUACUACCAGGGCCUCAUCGACAAAUACUGCCCGGGGCAGCUCUGCUGGUGACCCCCCCCGCCCCGCGAGAC